GUCUGACCACAGAUUUUGGUAAGUCUUUUAUUGUGUUCCCCACUCCCAAAAACCAUUGAUAUCCUUUUAUCAAACCGUCCAUAAACGGCCAAACAAAAACAACGCAUCGAAUGCGUGCAACACGAGCAAAAGGGAAAACCGUAACAACAUAUCCAAGUGUGGCCAAAAUUCCACGCCAUUGCUUAUCGCUCGGACAACGCUAAUCGUCUUAAGCGUGCAGAUUCGCGAAAUAUUUUUUUUUUUUUGCCAACUCACAAAAAAAUUGUCGACGAUCAGACGCACGAGCAAUGGCUAAAUUACGGAACCGUAGUCAGUUAUCCAAUGGCUACCAUCAGCAGAACACUACUGCUCCUACCGGGACGUCGUCUGACCGUUGGUAACGGUGACGGGCUGUUGCGUGUGUGGGGCAACGUUAGGAAGCUAUCCACAAUGGAGGGAGGAUCCACUGAUAAACCAACGGACCAUCCCAUAGUGGAGCUACCGGGAUUGGGUAAACUGAAAGGUUCCACCACACGCGGUGCCUGGACGGGUGUGAAUAUUUACCAGUUUCUAAACGUACGUUACGCCGAACCGGCUAUGGGUGAGCGUCGUUUUAAACCACCAGUUCCGGUAGAACCGUGGGACGGUGUGCUGGAUGUGUCGGAACCGAAGCUUGGCUCACCAGUGUACAAACGCAUGAAGCUAUUGACGGACGAACAAAAGGCAGAGAAUCUGGAGGACUGUAUCAAUUUGAGUGUGUUCACGAAGGACUUUAAUAGCCGCAAACCGGUCAUAGUGUAUGUGCAUGGUGGCGGGUUUUACGAUGGUGCGAUAUAUCACUAUCCACCGAACUACAUCAUGGAGAAGGAUGUCGUACUGGUGGUGCCUCAGUAUCGUUUGGGAGCACUUGGGUUUUUAUGCUCCAAUACUAAACAGAUUCCGGGUAAUGCCGGCAUAAUGGAUGUGGUGUUAGCAUUCGAGUGGGUCCAGAAGUACAUCAGCCAUUUUGGAGGUGAUCCACAGCAGGUAACGGCUAUGGCACAGUCGUCCGGUGCCGCGAUGGUUUCAAGCAUGACGUACAGCCCGCUAGUGGACACGGAGAAGCUGUUCGGUCGCUUAAUAUUGCAAUCGGGCAACUGUCACGGUUCUUGGGUGUGGGAUCGCAGUCCGGAGCGUAACUGUCGUGAUAUUGCUGGGUUUGCUGGUUUCGAUCGUAAGGCACCGCUCGAGGACGUAGAACGAUUUCUGAUGCAACUGGACAUCUUUAGUUUGAUGAAAGCUUUCACCCAACAUUACCGACUUCGAACACCGAACGGUACGGAUACGAUCGGUGGUGCACGGAUGGUGUUUAACGAUCCCAAUGGUCUGUUUCCGGAGAAUCCUUACUUCAUCAUGCGCAAAGGUGGAGGACGGAAAAAUAUGCCACUUCUUACCGGUGUCACACGGCACGAUGGAACGUUCGCAUUUCUGGAAGUGUUUAACAUACUGCUGUAUAAGAAACUAAUCGGUGACCCACACAUCACCAUCCAUCGGAUGGUGGACGAGGUGAACCAGGUGCUCGGAGUGGACGAUCCUUCCUGUACCAUUCGUACGCUUACCAUGGCAAAGUUCUUCACACACGAGCAGCUCGCAUCCGGUGAUUUGAGAAAGCUUCUUGCUGGCUUCUGUGAUCACACGGCAGAUGUUCUGAUUAAAGGACCCGUGUUAAAGAUGGCCCAGAAUAAUGCGAUGUAUCUUCCGGAGCAGACAUAUCUGUACAGUUUUGAUUACGCUGGGGAACAUACUCGCUUCGGUUACGGUGGUGACACUUCGGCCAUACCGUUCGAUGGUGGGGUACAUCAUUCGAACGAUCUGAUGUAUCUCUUCCCUUAUCCACCGAUGGCUGCUAAUCUUAACGAGCAGGAUACAACCGUUGCGAAGCGAAUGGUUGACUUAUGGACAUCGUUCGCCAUCCAUGGAAAGCCGGAGGCGCAAGAUGUACCUGAUUGGCCAUCGAUGAACAACGUGCUGGGACCGUAUCUCAAAAUCAACAAACAGUUCACGAUUGGACAGGACUUUAGGGAAGAGUUUACCGUUGCGAUCAAAAAUCCGUCCGAGAUCGAAAAGAAGAAACGAAACAAAACUCCUCCACAAUAGUUAAUUGUCGGUAAA